AAAGGCGAAUUCUCGGUUGUCAAGUUUCAACUCAGGUGAGCGUUCCCCUCAGAGGGGCACAGUGACGUUUACAACGUUUCGAACGUUUAUAAACGCGAAGAGCUUUGUCUGUCCGAUUCGAAUCGAACUUUCAGCGGCGACCGGAACUUUCAGCGAAAGCACAACGCACGAGUGUAUUCGGCUUUCUCGACCGAAACGUUAACCUAUAUUUUUCGCGCGACGCGAAGCCACUGUUUCUCUGUCUACAGUUAACAACACGGAGCGAAUCUUUUCGCGAAGCUUACUCUUUCGCGCGGUGGUGAUCGCACGUGGUGAAACGUGGUUUUUUCGCGGAUUGUAGUCGGUGAAAAAUUUUUGGUUUCUUUGGGGGAGGGGGGAGGGAACUUGUAACCAGUGAACUCCUUGCGAGUGUUUUUUUUUUCCGGGAAAAGGAGAGAAAAUAUAGAAACGAUCCUGGCGUACGUAGGGAGAACAACGCACCAGCGGGCACGCUACUGGCCACGAUGGCUUUAGGAACUACAAUUACCACGGCUCACUACUGGCGACGCUGAUAAAAGGGUCGCGACGCGUGCGAACUGAACAAUGAAGGCUCAUUGAGCGUCGCAACUUCACUUCCCUUAAACAUCGGCGUCUCACGUUGGAAUCGUGAAAUUGGCGGGCUCUUCUCUGUAUAAGAAAAAAGCUGCCUGCAAACAUGUCGAGGUACAGCGUCCAAGAGUACGAUCUGGAGACUGGGAAACAAGUCCGAUUAACCGGAUACAGCAACGCUGCCUUCGAAGAUCCACUUCGAGGCAACAACAAUGACUUCGAUCAAACCAGUGAACUGGGCAACAGGCUCAGCAAUGUUCGCGUCUCCUCUCAGGACGACAAAACUAUGAACAACGGUGUUUCACAGAAUCGUGAAAAGAAUCUGUUAUGCUCUAUGGAGAGGAAGUGGUUGUAUCAACGAAUCAAAAGAUCUUGCACGAAAAAAUUAUUUUACAAAAGGGUACCUAUAGCAGCGUGGUUGCCAAAGUAUCGCAAAGACUAUAUAGUAUGUGAUCUCGUUGCCGGUAUUACCGUAGGCCUUACCGUUAUACCGCAGGCAAUAGCUUAUGCGAAUGUCGCAGGACUUCCUUUACAGUAUGGUCUAUAUUCAUCUUUCAUGGCAUCCUUCAUAUAUACAAUCUUUGGAUCCUGUAAAGACGUUCCAGUUGGACCGACUGCGAUCAUCGCGAUAUUAAUAAGAGAAACAUUACAAAAAUCUAAUUUAGGACCUGACUUUGCGGUCCUUUUAACCCUCAUCUCUGGCUGUAUCUGUUUCUUGAUGGGGAUCUUACAUUUAGGUUUUCUCUUGGACUUUAUCUCGGGACCAGUUUCUGUUGGUUUCACAUCAGCGGCAGCAAUCAUCAUAGCUACUAGCCAAGUGAAAGAUAUUCUAGGCAUUAGUAUCAACGGCAGUAAAUUCCUCGAAGUAUGGCACAAUAUAAUCGAGAAAAUUGGGGAGACGAAACUCUGGGACACUGUGCUGGGCAUCACUUGUAUAAUCGUCCUUCUUCUUCUCAGAAAAAUCAAAGACAUACCGUUUAUGCAAAAGGCUGCGAAAAUAUCGUCAAGGGCACAUGUAAUUAUGCAAAAAACAUUUUGGUUGUUGUCGACGGGACGCAACAUUCUCGUGGUCCUCGUUUCCGGUGUUAUCUGUUGGCUUCUCGAAAGUCACUUGGGUUCCUCACCUGUCAAACUGACUGGCCACGUUAAACAAGGACUUCCGGAAUUUCAAUUGCCACCGUUUCAAACCUAUCACAAGAACGAAACUUACAACUUCGUCGACAUGGUUUCAGCCCUUGGCUCUGGAUGUCUAGUCAUUCCUCUGUUGAGUCUCUUGGAGACCAUCUCUAUUGCCAAAGUCUUCAACGAAGGUAAACCAAUCGAUGCAACUCAAGAAAUGUUAGCUUUGGGCGUGUGCAACGUUGUUUCGGCUUUCGUUUCUUCGAUUCCCGUCAGCGGUGGACUCAGCCGAGGUGCAGUAAACCACUCGUCCGGAGUAAAGACAACUCUCGGCGGUGUUUAUACCGGUCUCUUAGUACUCGUAUCGCUUCAGUUCCUCACCCCGUAUUUAUACUUUGUUCCUAACGCCGCCCUUGCUGCAAUCAUCAUCGUUGCGGUCGUCUUUAUGGUGGAAUUACACGUGAUCAAGCCCAUAUGGCGAACAAAAAAGAUUGAUCUCAUACCAGCAGUGGUUACAUUUUUAUGCUGUCUUUUUAUAAGACUUGAGCUAGGUAUAGUGAUUGGUAUCGGUAUAAAUGUUCUGUUCCUACUUUACGCUUCAGCGAGACCGUCGUUAAGAGUUCAUAAAGAUACUAGUAUUAAUGGUUGUGAAUAUCUUGUCAUAACGCCGGACAGAAGCCUCGUUUUCCCAAGCGUUGAAUAUGUGCGAGCUAUAAUUAGUAAACAGGGUACGAAACAAGGAACCGCAGUACCUGUUGUCAUAGAUUCUACGCAUAUUCAAGCAGCGGACUUUACCGCCGCAAAGGGAAUUAAAAGUUUGACGGAAGAUUUUUCUAAACGUGGACAACCUUUAAUUUUCCAUAAUUUGAAACCGAGUAUUAUUGAAAUUUUCAAAGGUGUAAAACCUUCUGGUUUAAAGUGUAGCUCUAGCGAACUUGAACUUAAUGACUGUUUGAGAGAAUGUUCAAAUGUUUCGUCGGCUACUAUAAACAGGUACUGACCAUAUUUAGACCUCUGUAAAUUUCGUCUUAGAAAUAUUUUUAUUUUUUAUUUUCUGAGUAUUAGUAUUGUAUUAACACGAAAGUGAAUAAUAAUAUAAGUAACAUUAUGAUAAAGAGCAGCAAUAUAUUUUAGUCACUGUUAUAAAUGAAAAUUAACUCUUUCAAUACAAUAUUGAAUUAUACGACGAUGUUUCACGUGUGUAUAAUAAAAUAAAAAUUCUCUGUUAUUAAA